CGAUGAGUCCAGAGCUAGGACUUUGUGUCUUCCGACAAUGAAUAGCGCGUCUUGUUGGACUCUUGCAGAGGGGCGUAGCGCGUGUGUUCAUGUCUCCGUAGAGGCAAGGCAAGAGCGAUUCAUCAUGUGGUCGUGCGGAGGUUGAAAAGCUUGGCUGGCCGGCGUCGCGUCUGAGCGCGUGCCAUCUGCCAGCCUGAUGGUGCGUGUGUGACGGUGUAAUAUUAAUAAGCAAGAACCGGUGGCCUGGAGAAUAAUUCAUGUCUUCAGUGCAGGUCCGCAGGAGGAGUGGAGUGGUAAGUUUUUGUUCUGAUGAGUUCGACCACGAACAAGCAUCAGGGCAGUUGCCCGAUGGAGAAGCAGAAGGAAGGGUGUUUGAUGGCUGGCAUAUCCUGGAUGUUUGUCUGAAAUUCUGGUCCUCGAUCGGAGAACGGUUUUAUCUACCAGGCUUCUAUAAGCGACAACACUGUGUUCUUGCUUGUGCCAGCUAUGGUCAUUGGCAAUAAUAAUAACAUGCUCUUGGAGAUCGGUGAUGCUGCUUCCAAGACGAAGAAGACGUCUUUUCAAUUCAGUGGCAGACAGAACAGGCGCUGCCCCCUGCUUCUAGGUUCUCACUGCCGAGUCGCUUUUCUGCCGUCCCAGCUCCACGGCCAAGGAAAGGCAAAAGAGGCUCGCUGUGGAGAUGAAGUUUCGGAGGGCUGAGGAUUGUCCAGGAGCACAACAAGAUACGUAUGUGGUCGUCCCUUGUGCAGAUCUCAGGCUGCAAAGAGGUGUCGUGGUGUCGAAGAGCUCGCUGCAAGGGCAAGGAAGCACGUUUGACUUCAAGUCCUGCGUCAAGGCCCCGCGCCGCACACGGCAUCAUACAGAACGAGCCAAACACGUGUGGUUGCAAACACUGCCUUGCCUGCCCUCGUAGGUCGCGUGCCGCUGACUUUGAGCGUGUCAAGCGAGGCAUUGAUGAUGGUGGAAGAUGCAGGUGGGAAAAGACGUCCACGUCCACGGCGCUUGUGUACUUUUGGAAGGGCAGAUCGACAGCAGGCCCCUGAAGGCUGAACGACUGCACACCUGAAACCGCCGCUAUGGUCGGCCGGGCCUCAGCCGACAUCGUGAACCCGCACGCUCAUUUCGAACAGAAGUGGCACCAGGUCUUCGGGUCUGGGAAAGGAAACGUCGACAAACGCUGGAUGGGGUCGGCAGCGUUGUAGUAUGCAUCUGUCUACCAGGAAAAUCAUCGCACGGCAGCAGUAUGGAGGCCUCAGGCUUGCAAUCAGGAUCGAUAGCGCAAACGUCGAUCGCAUUAGGCUUGAUAUAGCCUUUUCUGUGCCGGGAAGCAUGGGCCCCAUUUGCACUAUCCGUAUCGGCGUAUCCUGUUAAUCCCCUAGAAUCUUCAGAAUUUUGUUGC